AUGUCACCACAGAAACCGGAAGAGGACGAACGAAUGAAGAAGGUUCACUACAAGGAAGCUUUAGGAUGUCUCCAGUAUAUUGCGCAAGCAACACGUCCGGAUAUCAGCUACGCGGUGAAUGCAGUCAGCGAAUUCAACAGCAAUCCGGGACCAAAGCACUGGGACGCAGUGAAAAGAAUUCUACGAUACCUGAAGAGAACGGCGAGCAAUCGGCUGCGGUACAGCAAGCAAGGCAACGGAGAGCUAUGGUGCUAUCUCUUGGAACGUGAAACACCAGUUAACGGUAGCUUUAUCAUGUUGCGAAGCUGA